UGAGUUAUGUUGUGGUUAGAUAGCUCACCUUAAAAGGGGAAGCGCAGCUUGUGGUCAUAAACGCCCAUGACAGACUCUAUUAGCACGAAUAAUGAAUUGUUCUGAGUCUGGUGUGAUUGUUCCGACCUGCUGAAGGUUUAGGUGUCACUCUGUAUCUCUUCUGUCCUCUUCUGAGCAGCCAUGGGAAACCAUUUAUCCAACACUGACCGUAGCAAAAUGCCAUUGGGAGAGGAUGGACACUCUUGGAAAAAGAAAACAUCGAACAUCAAGGACAUCUAUGACUUUAAAGAAGUUUUGGGAACAGGGGCUUUUUCUGAGGUGAUGCUCGCAGAGGAGAAGAGGACGAGAAAGCUAGUGGCGAUAAAAUGCAUCCCGAAAAAAGCUCUGGAGGGGAAAGAGAACAGCAUUGAAAAUGAGAUCGCCGUGCUCCACAAGAUUAAACAUGCCAACAUAGUUUCCCUGGAGGACAUCUUUGAGAACAAAUCCCACCUCUACCUUGUCAUGCAACUGGUGUCUGGUGGUGAGCUCUUCGACAGGAUUGUGGAAAAAGGAUUUUACACAGAGAAAGAUGCCAGUAAGCUCAUCCAGCAGAUCCUGGAUGCUGUGAAGUACCUGCAUGACAUGGGCAUCGUGCACAGAGACCUGAAGCCAGAGAACCUGCUGUACUACAGUAUGGAUGAAGACUCCAAAAUCAUGAUCAGUGAUUUUGGUCUGUCAAAGAUUGAGGGUUCAGGGAGUGUGAUGAGCACAGCGUGUGGCACUCCUGGAUAUGUAGCUCCUGAGGUUCUGGCGCAGAAGCCGUACAGUAAAGCUGUGGACUGCUGGUCAAUCGGCGUCAUCGCUUACAUUCUUUUAUGUGGCUAUCCACCAUUUUACGAUGAGAACGAUGCCAAGCUCUUUGAGCAGAUCCUGAAGGCAGAGUAUGAGUUUGAUUCACCGUACUGGGAUGAUAUCUCUGACUCAGCUAAAGAUUUUAUUGUGCAUUUAAUGGAAAAAGAUCCCAGCCAGCGUUACACGUGCGAACAGGCUCUUCAGCACCCAUGGAUCGCUGGAGACACAGCGUUGGAUAAGAAUAUCCACGAAUCUGUCAGUGCCCAAAUUAAGAAGAACUUUGCCAAAAGCAAGUGGAAGCAAGCAUUUAAUGCCACAGCAGUAGUUCGUCACAUGCGCAGGCUGCAGUUGGGAACCAGUCAGGAGGGCCAAACGCAGUCCACCCUGCCCAACCCCUGCCACGGGCACCUGCUGCUGCCCGAGGGGGACGAGGACGAGAGCUCCCUGCGGAGGGAAAACAGUGGCUGUUCUGAGGGUGUCAGUGAUGGAAAUGACAUCCAGAACUGCACCUACCAUGUCCAUUCUACUAGUCGGGUCUGAGUGUCAAUCAUCCUGCAGUAACCAAUGACUGACUGUCCUGUUUUUCCACUGGAGUCCUGCCACACCCCGAGUCCGGCUGGGAAUACUGAGUAGUUCCAGCUUCCUGCCACUUGGAGGCGCUGCAAUGUAAAGAACCAAGGUGGGAAUGGGGUCACUACUAUGGAGCGAUUCUGUUUAAAGAGAGUUCGAAAAGAGACAAGAUUGCCACAGGCACUUCAUGGGUAAUAUAUGCUAUUGUGGGAGCUGGAUAGAGAUUGGACAGUGUUUUAACUCAUACUUUUACUUUAAUUUUUCUCUUCCUGAACUAAACGUCCUUAAGCCUGUUUCUCUUUAAAUUCAAAAUGUGACAGUGGCUGUUGGUAUGUGGCCUGAUUAAAUGCACAUUCAUUUUAGAUUUGAUAACAUUUUAUGAGAUUAUGAAUUUUGGCCUUAGGUUAUGCUAAGAUUGAAAAAUUUAAAUGCACAUCUUGAACGAUAAGAAAAAAGGUUUCUUUUCAACUAAGGUACGGACAGAUUUCAUAUUAGAUUUUACAUAUUAGUUGUGUUGCCACAUCUCAGUUGCAUUGUACAUCCAAAAUAAACACUGAUUAGUGUAAAUGACAUCUUAGCUUGUUUUGGAAAUAUUUAACGUCUUUUUUUUUUACACUAAGUCUUCACAACAGAUCAUUCAGUCAGUAUGUUUAAGAGCGUCUUUCUCGCUUCAAAUGUUUUCUGCGGUGCCUUCAUGGAUUCAGUAUCAAUGUUUUACUCUUUUUUUAUUAUUAUUAUUAUUAUUUGUUUAAAUAUGUUUUGAUCUUUUCAGUUGGGAAUGUUGGAAGCUGUACAUGUUAAACCAUCAAAUUCACCUACAUGGCAUAUAUGGCUAUUCUAAGCUAUGCACUGUCGGUGGACGCUUUGUAAGUGUCUAAUGUUUAAUGCUGCCAUCCUGUAAAUAUUGCAAAGCUGUUGUCUUUUGUAAACCCCUUUCUAUUAUACAACAUUAAAAAUACUCAGGGGAGGAACUGAAAUCAGAGAAUUGUGAUAUACUGAAUGGUCAUUUUUCAAGAAAAAACUAUAGGAUAACAUCACUACAAGGCUGUGGUCCAUAUUAUAUAAAUAUAUUUGACAAUUUGGAUUCUUUUCGAUGUUGGAACCUGUAUGAAAGUAACCUCCAUUAAACAACAUGAAUGUGUGACUUGACUCCAAUUUUAUUGUUUUGUUUGUUUCCAUUCACUGCUGUCCAGAAGUUAAAGAAAAAAACAUUAGAUGGAAAAACUUACGAAAAAAAGUCACAUAAUAGAAAUCUCCAGAUGUUUGCGGAGAAAGUUUUCCACAAGUUGGUUGGAAGAUAGCGGUUUUCCGUAAUCCAUUGGAAGACGUCUGUGUUUUUUGUUUUGUUUUUAACAAAUAUGAUUAUGAUGAAAAAAUGUCUAUGCUGCAGUGCUGAAUUCUAAACAAUACCAAAAGCUUUGGAUUCAUUGAUAUUGUGAAAGUACAUACAAAUAUAAUUGAAGUCCCAGACCUGUUUAAUUUGUGACAGCUGUUUCAUAGUCCCUUUGUCAUUUUCUUUGCAAAAUGUUUAUAAUCUUGAAGGUUUUCAUCACAUAUGUAGAACCAUUAGUUAACUCUUUAUUCUGGUGCUGACUGGCUCUCAAAGGUCUGCUUUAAGAGGUCUGUCUACCAAUACAUAAGAAAAUGUUAGGUUGGGGGGAAAAAAAAACACUUGCAUAAAUUAAGGUAUACAAAACAAAAAUGUAUAAAAAAAAAUUAAACUUACGAAUUCCAAUGAACAAUUAUUUGAUUUAAACAAAUUGUUUGAUUUUGUUCUAUAUCUGUAUAUGCUUUCUGAAUUUAUUUUACAAAUGUGGUGAAGACAGAUGAAAUCAAAAAUAUAAAACAUUUAUAAUAAAAGGCAAUGUGUCGUGUGAUUUUGCCUGCAGUGUUGUUUGCGCAGACUUCCUGUAUUGAUCAAGAUGCCAAUAUGAGAUGAUGGGUCAAAGAAUCAAUUCUGUUGUUGCUGUUUACAUGCUCUGGUGUUUUCAAAAAUAUAUAAAUGAUUGCACAGUGAUGCACAAGUGGCGUUGUGUACUUUAAUGUGUUUAAAUGUGAUCAUGGUCACAACAGUGAAAACGAGGAUUUGCUAUUUAUAUAAAUACAUGUAUAUAUAGGGUCUGAAAAUAUUGUCUGGUUGAGCAUCAAGACAGUUAGCAAGGUUAAACUUAUGCUAUUUUAUAAGGUUGAAUGUUUAAGUAUUGGUGCAUAUGUUGCUGUGUGUGUUCAAGCAUGGUGUGGUGAUUUAUGUACAUGCAUAAAAUGUAUGUAAAUACACACAAAUACAGUUACUCAGUUACGCAAAUAUAUGCUAUCGUUAAAUGUAAAGUGCAAAAAAUAUAUACAUAUAAACAUUUACGAAUUGAAUUCUACAUCAAUGGAAACCUCUUAAAUUCUUAUUAACAAUUCUGUAUAAUUGUUUUUUGUCAUUGUUGUUUUCUAGGCUGAAUGGCAACAUUGAACCAACUAUACAGGCAGGGACAUGAAUAUUAUAAACCAACUAUGUUUGGAGUGCAAUACUAGUGUGAUGUAUACUUCAUACAGCACAUUAUAUUGCCUGUCAUAAAAAUGUAAUUGGUAUGUUGCAUUUCUAAUUUAAUGUAAAAAUGAGUUUUCAUUGACCACAUUAAAAAAAUUGGCAAAAUUAAAUAUAUUUUUAAAAAGUGCCACAAAAUAUGGCUGCCAAGAACAUUGCAUCAUGGGAUACAGUAGGCAGUGUGCUCUGCUAUAUACCACACAAUUUUGGCAGGGCUUAACCCGAGUAUUCUAUUGCACUUAGUAAACCUACUGUGCAAACAGUAAGAACAGUAUGAUAGUUUGCCAUUCCGAACAUUAGGAUUAUCCCUACUCUUUAUGACACACAAAUGAGUUGAUAGCUACCUCUCUGGCUUCGAAAUGCUUUCUGCAGGAGUCGUGGUUUGCAUUUGCUUAUUUCUUUUGGACAGAGCAUGUUUUUGACAGUAUCUUGGAAAAGAACACAGCAUGAAAAUGUACCAACUUGAAACAACUCAGGAUUGCAACAAUGUUGGAUUUGCAUUCCUAAAUUACUUUUUGCAAACCCAAACAUUAUUAUCAUCGGCCUUAGUAAUAGUGAAUAUGCAAAAUUAACUUCAAGGGCUUGACUCUUUAAAAAGAAUGUCUUGCCAAUUUUAGUUUGUUGGUCUUAAAAUUGAAAUUAGAUUUAUUCAUUUCUCUUUCUCAAUGUAACAUCGAUCUAACAGACAAAUUUAAAAUCAAAAUGAGAUUUGCUUCAAAUUUCAUUUUAUAAUAAAUGUAUUUACAUUGUAUUUCAGGGUUCCUUUUGAUUUUAAAAUACUAAUGACAGUAUGUUGUAAAAUAUGUAUAACCAUAGGCAUAUAUACAUACUGUUAAGCCUUUUUGUAAGAUGUGUACGCUGUUUUGAUCCAUUACUUGUAUGGAUGCAGAGCAUCAUGGGUAUUUACUGUAUUUUUUCAUAAUGGAGUGAUUGAUAUUGACGCCAAUGAUUUGUAUUUUUAAAACAUUUGUAACUGUAAAGUGGAUUAAACUUUCCUUGUCUAUG